AUGUCGUCGGUGGUGCUCCUUUCGCGCCACCUUGCUCUAAAAGAACAGGCGUCCUUUUCGUUGGUGCUUGACUCGCUCGCCCAAUCUGCUCAUUUCUUGCUUUCGGAAUUUGCCUUCCGCUCUUCAGGACCCGUCAUUUACCUUUCAUUCGAAACCACUUCAAAGCCACAAUAUGCUACAGAGUUUUUCGACUGUUCAGAUGCAUCUUUAGCCUCAGUGGUUAAGUUUGUGUCCAAUUCCCUUAAAGACCAAAAGACUCGUGCGCUUGUUGUGGUGGACUCUCUAAAUUACAUUGAUGCAAGUGACAUGGCUUCGUUUGUACUGUCCAUCGUGCUGCCGCAAGCAUCUGUGGUUGCCUGUUUCCACAAAAAUGCUCCACAACCUCAGUCUCCGGGAUUUCCAGGGGCGUUGCCACUUUUGAGCUACAUAGCGCAGGCUAUUUUCGAAGUGGCCCCUGCCAAAAUUCAAGAUGAAGAAGAUUUGUCGCUGGCAAUCCAAAGACUCGAAUUCCCGAUUGUCGAGUCACUAAACCUUCCUGUUUUCAAGUUGACUUUGACAAACCGUCGGAAGUCCGGUAAGGCUCUCGUAUAUCAGUACAUUGUUGAUACUAACACCCACGAGUAUACAGUGUUUAAGCCGCUGACCGAAGAAACAGUGGAAGACGAGCUGUUGCUCAAAGAUUUGACUACAUUCAACUUAACUACGAGCACCAAGCAGAAAUUGGCGCGUGAGCAAGUGGAAUUGCCUUUCAUGGAAGCUCAAACGGAGUUGGGCAAAUAUGGUGGGGCUAUUGUCUAUGAAUUCGAGAAGGAUGAUGAUUACGAUGAAGAGGAUCCGUACGAAGAUCCUUUUUAA